AUGCUGUUAGGAAGAGACAUAAUUAGGGUCCAUAAAGUGAGGCAACAGAUCAACGGACCACAUAACGCUCCCUAUGCACACAGAUUAGACACAGGAUGGGUCAUAGUGGGCAAUGUAUGCCUGAAAGGAGUCCAUAGACCAGACUUAGUACACUGUCUUUACACCAGAACCUCAGAAGAGAGCUGCAGAUCCCUCUUUCCACCUUGUCCAUACUUCUACAAUGUGAGGGAAAACUAUGACAUGAAUGUAUGUGUAACUAUGCAAUCCUCAGUGUCUACGUACAAAUCCUCUUGCAAAGAGUUUGAGGAUCAUGUAAGCCACAGUAUCUUUCAGAGAACUACAGAAGAUGAGACGAUUGCUCCUUCUCUGGAAGAUCUUGCCUUUAUGAAAACGAUGAAGGAGGGUUUCUACAGAGCAGAAGACAGUAGCUGGGUAGCUCCUCUACUCUUCAAACCAGAAAGAAAGCAGCUACCAAAUAACAAAGAACAAGUCUUGCAACGUUUCAGGUCCCUACAGAGGUCUCUUAAAGUAAAACCUGAGAUGAGACAGCAUUUCUUUGCAUUUAUGGGAAAGGUAAUCCAAAAUGGCCACGCAGAGAUAGCUGCACCAGUAACCAUUCAAGGGAAAGUACUUCUUCGUGAUCUCACCUCUGAGACUCAAGAUUGGGAUGCACCCCUGCCUGAAGGUAAGAGACUGUCAUGGGAAGAUUGGAAAGAGUCCCUUCACCAGUUGAAGCACAUACAGGUAACUAGACCCUAUGUAUCUGUUUCUUGUUCUAUUACUCAAUACAAAGAACUUUGUGUGUUUUCAGAUGCUUCCACGCAAGCAAUUGCAGCAGUGGCCUACUUAAAGGUGAUAGAUUCUGAAAGUCAGGUCCACAUAGGUUUUGUGCUAGGAAAAGCUAAGUUAGCCCCAUGUCCAGAACUUACAGUCCCACGACUCGAACUCUGUGCAGCAGUCCUCGCAGUGGAUAUAGCUGCAUUCAUAACAAAAGAAAUUGACACCAAUAUAGACUCUGUCAGCUACUACACAGACAGCAGAAUAGUUUUAGGCUACAUUUGCAAUGAGAAAAGAAGAUUUUAUGUCUUUGUUAGCAACAGAGUUCAGCGAAUAAGAAGAUCCUCUCUCCCUGAACAAUGGCACUAUGUGUCAACAGAGAGCAAUCCAGCUGAUCUGGCCACAAGAUCUGUAUCCGCAGCACACCUGAAAGAUACUAUGUGGUUCACAGGUCCACCCUUCUUGAGUCAUUCUCACCACUUGAAACUAGAGACUGAAACCUUUACAUUAGUGGAUCCGGCUCAAGAUACAGAGAUUCGUCCACAAGUUACAACCUUGAGUACAACAUCCAAAUGUAAAGAACUAGGGUCUGAACGUUUUUGCAGGUUCUCUAGCUGGAAUACUUUGACGAGAGCAUUAGCACGCCUCAUUCAUGUAGCGCAUCUGUUCAAACAAAAAAGAGACAGCCAACUUGAUCAUUGUAAGGGCUGGCACCUUUGCAAAGAACUAAACUUGGUGCAUGACUUUAAGAAAGCUAGAACAGUCAUCAUACAGAAUGUUCAAAAAGAGACUUUUGCAAAAGAAAUACAGAGCAUUUUAGAAAAGGAAGGCAUGCCAAAUGAUAGUCCUCUCAGAACAUUGGACCCUUUCAUAGAUGAAAAUGGACUACUGAGAGUAGGUGGUCGCUUGAGAAAUGCAGACCUAGGACCAGAAGAAAGGAAUCCAAUUAUUGUGCCUGGUCAUCACUACAUUGCUACCCUCAUUGUUCGUCACUAUCACAUCCAGUCGCAACACCAAGGGCGCCACAUUACAGAAGGAGCCGUCCGCUCAGCAGGAUACUGGAUAACAGGAGGAAAGAGAUGUGUGAGUAGUCUAAUCUUUAAAUGUAUCAUAUGCAAGAAGCUCAGAAAUACUUGUGAAACACAAAAAAUGGCAGAUUUGCCACCUGAUAGACUGAGAACAGAUCCACCAUUCACUCACAUUGGCCUUGAUGUAUUUGGGCCAUGGACAGUCUGCUCAAGACGUACACGAGGAGGCUCUGCCGACAGCAAAAGAUGGGCAGUUCUUUUUACUUGUCUAAAUAUCAGAGCCAUUCAUAUUGAAGUGAUAGAAUCCAUGGACACUUCAAGCUUUAUAAAUUCUUUCAGAAGGUUUUUUGCUAUACGUGGUCAAGUCAAAACUAUCAGAUCUGAUCGGGGUACCAACUUCGUUGGAGCAUGCCGUGAACUUGGAAUCUCUUCCAACCUUAACUAUGAAGAUAUAGAAAGUUUCCUUUCCAAACAAGAGGUGUGUUGGAUCUUUAAUCCUCCUCAUGCCUCCCACAUGGGAGGUGUGUGGGAAAGAAUGAUAGGAGUUGCAAGAAGAAUAUUAGACUCCAUGCUUCUACAGUUACCUUCAAAACUCUCUCAUGAGGUUCUCAUUACUCUAAUGGCAGAAGUGACUGCAAUAGUGAACUCAAGGCCUCUGACCCCAGUCUCAACAGAUCCUGAGGACCCACAAAUACUUACUCCAGCUACACUGCUGACUCAGAAGUUUGCAUCUUAUCCUGUACCUUCUGGGAACUUUGAUGGUAAAGAUCUCUAUAAAAGACAAUGGAGACAGGUUCAAAGCCUAGCCAAGGUUUUCUGGGACCGGUGGCGCAAACAGUAUCUAUCUACCCUGCAGGUAAGAAGGAAAUGGCAAUCAGAUAGACUUAACAUCAACAUAGGAGAUCUUGUCCUUCUAAAAGAUCAACAUACCAAGAGGAAUGAAUGGCCUAUGGGUCGUGUAACAAAGACUUUCCCUGAUAAAGAUGGCAAAGUUCGCAAAGUGGAAAUAAAGAUUGCCAGAGAUGGGAGUUCUACAUUAUUCUUCAGACCAGUGACAGAGCUCAUCCUUCUUCUUCAGGCUGAAGACCCUGCUCCCUGAUUGGACUAGAAUAAUUGUGGUGAUCUUACAGACACCAGGCGGGGAGUGUACUGUUAGGACAGGUAUAUGUCUUUUCAUUUGAUUACAGGUAUGAGCAGUCCUUCAGCUCCAUCUACUGGACACUUGUAGAUAUUUCCUGGUGUUAGUUAUUUGUUUAAUAAAGUUAGUUAUUGACCUCUGAUGUCAUAACUCCAGGUCACAGGAAGUAGGUGUUUCCAGCCUGUGCAGUUCAUCUCAUGUGCUUUCAGCUUUCUCCAUGCUAAACAGGCCCUAUGCAGCAUUGUUGUUUUACCCUUUCAUCUUUAAAUACCCAUUAAACAAGUUAACAACUUACACAGUGUGGUGCUUUGAAGAAGGAUUAUCUGCCUGUCAAUUUUACUUCAGACAGUGAGCAGGACAGAACAGUAGACAACAUCACGCAUAGCUGAUGCAAUACAGCACAAUCAAGAUCAGAGAACAAACAGGAAAUCUUCACAGGAAACACCCAGGUACAAUGCAGGCAAAAAUACCUAUAAUUGGGCAGGGUUUCAGUGUCCAGGGCGCCCUUUUAUGACAAAAUCCUGGCACCAGUGAUGACAUCAUCAUGCAGGGAAGCUGCACCCAUGUGUUCAAUAUGGGCGCCGCCAUCUUGGAUUUUCAUUGCGACCGCCGGGAAGGUGAGCAGCGCAGUCGGGUGUGUCUGGCAGUCCUGACAGCCUGUCAUUGAAGGGUUCUACUGCCUGUCUUUUGCUUGCAGUAACUGGAGAGAAACCAGCAUUCAUACUAAUAAUAGUCUCUAAAGAGAGUACUUAUGUCUCUAAAAUUGGGCUCUUCUGCUUGUUUGCACUCUGGAGAGACACCUUUUAUUUCUGUAAACUGGGGUGGCCUGCUUGCCACACUGUAGCAUUCCACUGUUUGGAAAUUAUUCCAAAUAUUAAUAUUAUCCACAAACACUAUUCCAAAUAAUGAAUGAAAUAAUGCAUGUGAAAAUUGUUUUCCUAAAUUUUAAAAUAUGCUAAAAAUAUUCAGUCUUUACUUAGAGGUAAGAUUUACCUCUAAUAUGAUGCAAAGUCACAUAUUGGAAGUCAAAGGUUUAACCUAUUUCUAUUUUAUGAAAAUACUUGCUGGAUUGUAAGUCACAAGCAAGAACAUAUCAGUCAAGGUCUUCAUGGGACUGCUCCCCACCCCUUGAUUACCCCCUAAAACUACUGGGUCCAGGUGCUAAAGCACUAGAAGUGACCAUAGAGUAUAAUUCUGUUUUUGAAUUUAAAGCAGGUUUUAUUUUUAUUAAGUAAAUACAAAACUAGAUUUUGUUUUCAAUUUGAUUUUUAUUGUUGUUUACUGAAAAAGAAUGCAUUUCUUUACAGCAUUGCCUAUCACAA